CAACUUUCUUGCAGCAGCCUGCAGCCAUGGAUCCCAGUGGGUAAAAGGUAGGGUAGCGGCGGGCCAUCAAAAUGGAAGCUUCUACUGCUCUGGGGGCUUGCUAUCGCAUCUUUCUUUUCUUAAAACAACCUCAUUAGUUUGUCUUUGAUUUUCUGUUCAAUCUUUGAAAUGUCUUGGUGGGGCAAAUCAAAAGACCCCAAGCCGGAGGAGAAGAAGACCGAAGCAGCUCAGAUCAAGGACACUAUCGUUGAGAAGCUUCCCUCAAAGGAUCAGCUACCAGAGAGUGUUCAGGAAGCUGUCAACAAGACAGGAAGAGACGGAAAUGUCUUUGACGACAUAACCGAUGGCUAUGGCCCCGACUCAACCGACACCAAUUUUCGAUAUGCUGCCUAUGCUACGCGAAUUAGAACAAUUCUUUUAUCUGCGCAUCGAUACGUCGCCUACACCUCAGAUAUAGGAGAGUCGUUCCGUCCCGUAGCUCACCCCAACCUCGUUCGCGCUGCCUACGGUGUAUCUUGGUUGUAUCUUAUUGGCGAUGUUUCGUAUGAAGGUUACAAGUCAUACUGGCACAAUCAACGUGUGUUGAACCCCAAGGUGCAACUCUCUCCUAGACAAGAGAAGGUUACUGGCCUUCCUGCCACCGAGACACGCCUGAUCGAGCCGGGUACAGUGCCACCGCUUGAAGACUAUCGCACUGUCAUGGUCCAGCGCGCAAUCUUCCAGAGUGUCGCGAGUAUGGGACUGCCUGCUUUCACUAUUCAUAGUGUUGUGAGGUAUUCUGGCCGAGCCAUGAAGAACAUGAAGAACCAGGUCAUCAGGACAUGGGCUCCAAUUGGUCUGGGCCUCGCAGUGGUUCCCUUCCUCCCAGCUAUGUUCGACGAGCCUGUCGAGAACGCUGUUGAGUGGGCGUUCCACAAAGGAUUCGAGACAUUUGGGGGUAAGGCCGCAGUAGGCAAUGCGCCUACGACAGGUCGUGAGGAUUUGCUGGCCAAGCGGCCAAAGGAGAAGGAACUGUAAUACAAGAUUCUGCACCACAAACUUGGCGUUCUGGGAGGUGGAAGGCGCUCAACUCGUGUUUCAAUGUUCGAUCAAUAUAUAGGAAUCUUGUAUGCGACGCAGAGUCGGUUACUGACUUAUACCAAUCCAAUUAUGCAACAAUGAACUCCGUGGUGGGGAGGAGACCCCGCGAUCAACCUGGUCCCUGGAAGUGGCUGUGCAUCAACGGAGCUUGCAAGUUA